AUAAUGUAUGUUUACAUUCCUGAGGGCGAUGUUGUCUAGCGGCGGCGAUCAAUCUCGCUCCAUCUUCCUUUCCUGCAGGCUCGUGCUCAACCUCCUCCUCGGGGUGCUGCUCCUCUGCUACCUCGCCCGCUCUGGCUACCACCAUGAAGAGUGCCUCCACGCCCUCAAGGUGUAUAGUGUGAGCGUGAUCGCCCUCGAGGUCGUGUGGAGGUGGGUGGCGGCUGCCGUCGGCGGGUACAGCGGCUGGACGGCCAGAGGCAAGACUAAGAGGUCCUCUAGGAUUGUAGACGUUUUUCUGAUUGUCAUCUGGAGCAUCUGCAGUGUUGUCAUCACACACAUUGUCACUGUUUUGUAUGGUGCAUAUCUGAUUGAGAAUUUUGAGGAGACUUUCACCUUUAGUGUACUUGUAGCAUCAUUAGCCUUCAUAAGGCCACUCAUUGCUCUCGGACCAUCUGCCCUAAUAAUCAUCCUUGAGAGAUUGAGCUGGGACGAAGAGGUGGAUGUUGAGUCCUUUGCCGUGUUGCUUGGUGCGUGGUUGGGAGCCAUACCUAUUCCUCUUGACUGGGACACUCCUUGGCAGGUGUGGCCAUUAACGUGCAGUAUUGGGGCUGUUCUUGGAGAAGUUGGAGCUUCUGUUUACAUCCUUGCAAAACAGAGGAAGGUGGGAGAUUUAAGCAGGAAGAACAAGGCCACAUAGAGUUAACACAAUAUUGAUAUCCUUGUAUUUUAAUUUAUAUUAAAAUGGCAGAGAAGUGAUCUAUAAUUAAUUUUAAAACUAAUGCUUUUUUUGCCUGUUGGCGUUGUGUGUGUCAUCUCUGUCGUGUCAGAACUCUAAGUUGGUCUUGUAUUUUUCAAGUUA